UCAUGGCUUAUCUAAAACUCAAGUGCUUGCUAGUGCUAGUCUGUUUUGUGCUUUACUCUGCCAGCGCUAGUUCUUCACACAACAAUAAGCCAGAGUGCAAAUGCUCGAAAGCCAAACGCUACUUGCCACAAAACCAAAAAGUAUCGUUCUUCGAAGCAUGGAGACGGUGUCUUGCACUUGGUCUACGUCUUGCUACAGUUACUAGCAGUGCUGAAAGUCAACUGAUAAAGGAAGCUAUUCAAGCUACAGCUACUACUACAGAACCCUGGUGGAUCGGUGGCACAGAUCUCGGUCAGGAAGGAUCAUGGAUAUGGUUUUCCACUGAGCUGCCUGUUGGUUACCAAACGGGCUACACAAAUUGGUACACUGGAGAACCAAAUAAUUACGGAGGAAAUGAAAACUGUCUAGAUAUCGGUCGUAAAGAUGCUGUUGGUUGGUUCGAUGCAAAUUGUGAAUGGAAACAAAAAUUCGUUUGUGAAAAAGUUAUUGACUGACCAUCUAUUUCGGAA